CCACCUGUUCAUACCCGUUCUUCCAUUCUCACACUCUCUUUCUCUGAACAAUCUCGUUCAUAAUGGCUUCCUUAUCGAGACUUUCUUCGUCUCUCCUCCGAAAUUCCUCGAGGGCUGUGUAUGGGAUCCGGAACCCCCUCAUCCACACCCCCGCAUUACGAACGUUGUCAACAAAGCACCCCAAGGGUUUUGUACCUCCCACGGAGGAUGACCUGCUAGAACUACGGAAUAGUGUUCAGGAAUUCACCAGGCGAGAAAUAUCCGAGGAAGUCGCAGCACGAACAGAUACACAGAAUGAGUUCCCGGCGGAGAUGUGGAGAAAGCUGGGAGAUGCUGGGUUCCUCGGUGUUACUGCCAAUGAAGAAUAUGGGGGACUUGGAAUGGGCUACCAGGCCCAUUGUGUAGUUAUGGAAGAGAUUAGCAGAGCUUCAGGGAGUAUCGGGUUGUCUUACGCUGCACACUCCCAGCUGUGCGUAAACCAACUCUCCCUGAACGGUAAUGAGGACCAGAAAGCUCGCUUUCUUCCCGGCCUUCUUUCUGGAGAAAAGGUUGGAGCACUGGCAAUGUCAGAACACUCUGCAGGUUCCGACGUCGUCAGUAUGAAGACGACAGCCAAAGCAGUUGAUGGUGGUUGGUUGCUGAAUGGAACGAAGAUGUGGAUUACAAACGGGCCCGAUGCGGACUACGUUGUCGUAUAUGCAAAGACAGAGCCUGAGAAAGGCUCAAAAGGCAUCACCGCAUUCGUGGUAGAAAAGGGCUUUAAAGGCUUUUCGUGCGCGAGGAAGCUGGACAAGCUUGGAAUGCGUGGCUCUAACACCGGAGAACUUAUUUUUGAAGAUGUGUUCGUCCCCAAGGAGAAUCUCCUCGGGGAAGUGAACCGAGGAGUCAAAGUAUUGAUGGAAGGCCUCGAUCUCGAGCGUCUUGUUCUGAGCGCAGGACCGCUGGGAAUCAUGCAAGCAGCUCUUGAUCUUGUUCUCCCCUACACCCACGUUCGUAAACAAUUUGGGACUCCUAUCGCCCACAACCAAUUCAUCCAAGGGAAACUGGCAGACAUGUACACUAAGCUUGCCGUCUCUCGUGCCUACACCUAUGCCACGGCACGGCAGGUUGACAAUGCCGCCGUCACCCCCUCAGAAAUGACCAUCCGGACACACGAUUGUGCGGGUGCCAUUCUCUAUGCAGCGGAGAGGGCGACUGAGUGCUCACUUGAUGCCAUCCAGCUCAUGGGAGGAAAUGGUUACAUCAAUGAAAUUUCGGCUGGGAGAUUGCUCCGGGACGCAAAAUUGUACGAGAUCGGGGCUGGGACUAGUGAGAUCAGGCGUAUGGUCAUCGGUCGUGCGUUUAAUAAAGAGUAUGCCUAGUUUAGCGGUGUGUACACAGUAUAUACUAGAGGAACGAAAUGGAACUGUCAAGUAGUUAUUAAUUUUUCAUUGGUCAUACAUUAUAUAUAACUGGAUGGCAUCUACACUGG